CGGUAGUAGUGGUGGUCGUCGACGUCGUCGUGAGUCGAGCCCUCACCGGGCGGUUGUCCGCGCGUGUGUGGGUGCGCGCAGUGCGGCAUCGACGGGGACGGGAGUCUCGUCGGCUUGAGCGAGGCCAGCGGCUGCGUCGCUAUGGCGGACGACGAGGUCCUCUUCGACGACGUUUACGAGCUCUGCGAGAUCAUCGGCAAGGGUCCGUUCAGCGUAGUGCGAAAAUGCAUUCACCGCCAGACCGGCCAGACAUUCGCAGUAAAAAUUGUCGACGUGGCAAAAUUCACUUCCAGCCCGGGGCUCAGCACAGCGGAUUUGAAGCGGGAAGCUACGAUAUGUCAUAUGUUAAAGCAUCCGCACAUUGUGGAAUUGUUAGAAACUUAUAGUUCCGAAGGAAUGCUCUAUAUGGUUUUCGAAUACAUGAAUGGAUCGGAUUUAUGCUUUGAAGUUGUAAGGCGUGCAACCGCUGGAUUUGUUUAUAGCGAAGCUGUCGCUAGUCACUACAUGCGUCAAAUCCUGGAGGCUUUACGCUACUGCCACGAAAACGAGAUAAUCCAUCGAGAUUUAAAGCCGCAAUGCGCCCUACUCGCUGGUAAGGAGAACUCCGCCCCGGUGAAGCUACGUGGAUUCGGGGUGGCAGUGCAACUACCCUCGACGCAAGCCAACGGCGUCGAAUGUUACACAACCGAGUAUCGGCCGUAUGUGAGCCCAAAGGGGCAAGACUACUUGAAGGUCGACAAUGAGGGUCGCAUAGGAUGUCCGCAUUUCAUGGCGCCGGAAGUUAUAUUACGCAGACAAUAUGGAAAGCCAGGAGAUGUUUGGUCAGCCGGUGUACUUUUGCAUGUUCUUCUUACUGGUACACUUCCUUUUGUUGGCUCGCGGGAGCGACUUCGGGAGUCCAUUUGUCGAGGAAGAGUACAGAUGGAAACAUCAUUAUGGGAUCCAAUAAGCGAAUCGGCGAAGGACCUCAUUCAACGCAUGUUAACCACAGAUGCGAAUCACAGGAUUACCAUUCAGGAAGUGCUGAACCACAAAUGGCUUCGAGAUCGCGAUAAAGGUAUUGCGCGAGUACACUUGGGCGAGACAAUCGAGGAAUUGAAGAAAUUUAAUGCCAGGCGAAAAUUAAAAGCCGCCGUGAAAAUGGCUGUCUCGUCGUCAAAAUGGCAUAAUACGUAUUCCGAAACAAAUGGCGAUAGUUAUUAUGAAAUUGGCGAUGAAGAGAUAAUAAGCACUGCAGCUGUCGCCGAAAUUUUAGACUCGCUAGAUGAUAUUGAAGUUCUCCAAGAAAGUGGCAGACUGAGUAGAUCAGAAAUUCUUGCUGCUGUUGAUGACAAACGACUUCGAACACUAUUAGAAAUUUACGAUAGAAUUGCGACGCGACUUCCGUCACCGUGUCGAGCACCACAAACUGAUGCAGUUCAGAGAGCGCAAGAAGUCGAGGAGCUUCUUGGAGGAGCCGAGAGGUCAUCUACGAGGAAUAUCGAUCGUAACGAUCUUCAAGAACUUCAAGAACUACUUGUCCUGCCUCAUUUUAAGGCCUUACUUCAAGCGCAAGAUGUUACUGGCCAAGAAGUUUACGGAGAAGAUGCAAAGAGGGCUACACCACCUCCUAUUUUUCCGUAUCUCAAUGGUGGCGAUGAUAUUGAGGGUCAAAAUGGCGACCUUGAACUCGAAAAUGUUACAAGAGUCAGGUUGGUUCAGUUUCAAAAGAAUACGGACGAACCGAUGGGGAUAACACUGAAAAUGAACGAAGAUGGUAAAUGUAUUGUCGCUAGAAUAAUGCAUGGUGGAAUGAUUCAUAGACAGGCGACUUUGCACGUUGGUGAUGAAAUAAGGGAAAUAAAUGGAAUUGCAGUAGCUAAUCAAUCAGUGAACGCCUUACAGAAGAUUCUUCGAGAAGCUCGUGGAUCAGUAACAUUCAAGAUUGUUCCAUCAUAUAGGAGUGCACCACCUCCUUGCGAGUUGUUCAGGAUUAGGCCUCUGCCAGUGUUAAUUUUCGUUCGCGCACAAUUCGACUACGAUCCCUUGGAAGAUGAAUUAAUACCUUGUGCGCAGGCUGGCAUUUCUUUUAAAAUCGGCGAUAUUUUACAAAUCAUUAGUAAAGAUGAUCAUCAUUGGUGGCAAGCACGAAAGGAUCAAGUUGGAGGCUCCGCUGGGCUUAUACCAUCACCGGAGCUUCAGGAAUGGCGAAUCGCUUGUAUGGCAAUGGAAAAAAAUAAACAGGAACAAGACGCUGAAGGAGAGGGAGGAUGUUCGUCUCACACUGAAGGAUGUGAUGGCUCGACAGUUAAUUGCUCUAUUUUUGGCCGCAAAAAGAAACAAUACAAAGACAAAUAUCUUGCCAAGCACAAUGCCGUUUUUGAUCAAUUAGAUCUGGUAAUAUACGAAGAAGUUGUCAAACUUCCUUACUCCGCAUUUCAACGUAAAACUUUGGUCCUACUGGGGGCACACGGUGUUGGCCGAAGACAUAUAAAAAAUACAAUCAUCGCUAAGCAUCCUGACAAAUAUGCGUAUCCUAUUCCACAUACAACGAGACCGCCACGGAAUGACGAAGAAAAUGGAAGAAAUUACUACUUUGUAUCUCACGAGGAAAUGAUGGUGGACAUUGCUGCUAAUGAAUACUUAGAGUAUGGAACCCACGAAGAUGCAAUGUACGGAACGAAAAUCGAAACAAUCAGGAAGAUUCUGGAGGAGGGCAGAUUGGCCAUUUUGGAUAUCGAGCCGCACUCUCUAAAGGUACUCCGUACAGCCGAGUUUGCACCUUAUGUAGUAUUCAUAGCUGCUCCGGCUUUGCAAAAUCUUGCGGACUACGAUGGAAGCCUCGAGCGUUUGGUCAAGGAAUCCGAGAUGUUGAGGCAAGCGUACGGCCACUUUUUCGAUUUGACGAUCGUAAAUAACGACAUCGAUGAAACAAUUGCCCAAUUGGAAGAUGCUAUCGAACGGUUUCAUACGACACCACAAUGGGUUCCAGUUUCUUGGGUCUACUGACAGCGGACAUCCCCGACCCGCGCAGUCUACACGUCUGAUUGUAAUGGAUCUUCUAGGGGGAAAUAGUCAUUGAAACCAAUACUCAAUAAUUUAAAGAAACACGAAAGUGAGAAAAAGGAGUUCUA